UGUGUCAAUUUUAUUUGUUUAUACCUGUUUUAAGUUGUACGAAUGCGAUUGUAGUGUUCAAAAUGUUGUUUGCUUAAAUUGUAAUCUCUAUAGCAGCGAAGAAUUUACAGCUGUAUAAAUGUGUGCUUAAAUAGUUGCCAAAAUAACACCACCAACAUGACAACAUCAGAGCAAAUAGGUUUGAACAAAACCUGGGAGCUGUCGUUAUACGAGCUUCACAGGACCCCACAGGAGGCAAUCACAGACAACACAGAAAUAGCAGUAUCUCCAAGAAGCCUGCAUAGUGAACUUAUGUGCCCCAUAUGUCUCGAUAUGCUCAAAAAAACCAUGACCACCAAGGAAUGUUUACACCGGUUCUGUUCAGACUGCAUCAUAACAGCUCUAAGGUCUGGCAAUAAAGAGUGUCCCACAUGCAGAAAGAAACUAGUUUCGAAACGGUCUCUGAGACCUGAUCCAAACUUUGAUUUGCUUAUUUCGAAGAUAUAUCCUAGUAGAGACGAGUACGAAGCUCACCAAGAAAGGGUUCUGGCAAAGUUGAACAAGAGUCACUCGAGAGAAGCUUUGGUGCAGUCUAUUAAGGAGGGCAUCAAGAUUCAGUCGCAGAACAGGCCAAACAGGGGCAGGAAGAAUAACGAGACUGUCAUCAGUGAAAACCAGGAUGAUAAUGCGUCAAGUGCUGCAAAUGUAGCCAAUUCUAAUGAGAGCACAUCUCAGUCCCAACAAAGCACUUCGAACCCCCCAACAGCGCCAGCAAACGCUGCACCUCCAAACACAUCUACAUCCACGCCAGCCACCAGCAACGCAACUGCUCCUAUAAACACGAACAUUCCGAGUCCUUCGCCAUCGGGGCGCAGCACCCCUUCUCAACCUCCCAGCCCCGUGUCGUCCAGCGUCAGCUCGAUCAGUAAAUCGUUGGGGAAACGACCUAAGAGCGUCAUGACCUCCGAGCGCAGCGAAGAGAGCGAGUCGAGCGAACGCACCGAACAAACCGACACCGAGGGUGAGGGCCCUUUGGAACCGAUGACGCUGAACGAAAUCGAGCUCGUCUUCAAGCCCCACCCCACCGAGAUGUCGGGGGACAACCCCCUGGUGAAGGCCUUGAAGGAGAACUCGAUUCGUUAUAUUAAAACGACUGCUAACGCCACCGUCGACCACCUCCAUAAAUACCUGGCGAUGCGUCUCACGUUGGAUCUGGAUUCUCAGUUGCCGACGACGCACAGCCUUCUCAAUUUUUGUAUAUACAUCUCCCCGACGACUGGUCAGUACGUGCAGUUGAACGGGAACCAGACCUUGGGGCAGGUGAACGACAAGUAUUGGAAGGUGAACAAGCCCCUGGAGAUGUACUACUCCUGGAAGAAGACAUAGGGAAUGCGCAAGGGGCUGAAAAGGGCCCCCUAGGUGUCGCAGGUAUGAGGUAUGUCGUCUCUUGUGUUAAGAUUAAUCGUGUUUUGUCAGUGAGUUGUGAUGUGAGUUUUUUUUUGGUUUAUUUACUAUUUUUUCCAAAGCAGGUAUGAUAUUGUAUUCGGUAAUUAUUUGCUGAAGUAUAAAACCUUCGAAUUUUCACGAAAUUUUGUCUGCACCCCUAUUUUCGAUGGUGUUAAACACUAAUCUGGUUAUUUUUUCGUUGUCGGUUUUACCAAAUACAAAAUUUUUAAUAAAUGUGCUGCCCGUAGAAGUAAAUUUUCGGUACUUAGUAACCUUAUUUCAUAAGAUCACAAAAAGUGAGCAGGAAAUUCAACAGUGUGAAGAUGCAACGACGUCAUAAAAUUAGAAAAGGCCAUCGAUUUAAUCCCAAGGAAUAAUGUAAAUUUUUUUUACAUUUUCCUUCAAUUUUUGAACAUUUUUCCCGGAUUUCAAGAAAUUUUGAUACAAAUUUUUUCUCGGAAACUAAGUUUGACUGUAAACAAUGAUUUUAAACUUGUGUUAGGCACACUUGAAAAUACAGGGGUAGGCAGAAUUUUAAGCAUUCUCGGGAGUUUUACGCUUCAGAAAAUAAUUACCUCUUUGCGGAAUGAAAAUGAAGAUACUUUAGUUGAUUUAAAUUUGUGUUAAGAGGGCUCUAUAGCAAAUAGGCGAUCAGCAAUACAUUUUU